UACAGUAUAAUACAGAGGGAAGCACAGAGUACCGUGGGAACACAGAAGAGGGGAAGUUAGUCCAGGGUAGUGGAGGAUGAUAGAGAAGACCUUCAGCAAGAAGUCUGAAGCGCUGGUGGGAAUGAGCUAGACAUAGGGGACAGUGGGUGGGGAUAGGGCAAAAGAGCCUGGUUUAUUAAGGCAAUUGUGAGUAUUUUAGUACCUCAGUAACAAGAAGUCUUCAGGACAACGAUGAGAUUAUGCAGGGCCAGACUGGGUCUCUGAGAUUUAUUCUAGAUGCAGUGAGGAACCAGUGAGAGGUUUCACAUAGAACGUGCCAUGCGCACAAUGACAUUUUGUAAAGAUCAUUCUGGAGUCUGUGAGGAAGUUAUCGUAGUAACCCAGCAUCAAGCUGAGCUCCCAGCCCCCAAUACAGGCUGGGGAUGACGAAAAGAACCAGAGGACGAUCACUGUCAAUCCUGCCCACAUGGGGAAGGCGUUCAAGGUUAUGAAUGAACUGCGGAGCAAACAGCUAUUGUGUGACGUGGUGAUUGUGGCAGAAGAUGUUGAGAUAGAAGCCCACCGUGUGGUCCUGGCAGCCUGCAGCCCCUACUUCUGUGCGAUGUUCACAGGUGACAUGUCUGAGAGUAAAGCCAAGAAGAUAGAAAUCAAGGAUGUGGAUGGGCAGACCCUGAGUAAGCUGAUUGACUACAUCUAUACGGCCGAGAUUGAAGUGACUGAAGAGAAUGUCCAGGUGCUGCUCCCAGCAGCCAGCUUGCUGCAGCUCAUGGAUGUUCGCCAGAACUGCUGUGACUUCCUGCAAUCUCAGUUGCAUCCCACCAAUUGCCUGGGUAUCCGUGCGUUUGCAGACGUGCACACCUGUACCGACCUCCUGCAGCAGGCCAACGCUUAUGCAGAGCAGCACUUUCCAGAGGUGAUGCUGGGGGAAGAAUUUCUUAGCCUAAGUCUGGACCAGGUGUGCAGCUUGAUAUCCAGUGACAAGCUGACCGUUUCUUCAGAAGAGAAGGUAUUUGAAGCAGUGAUUUCAUGGAUCAAUUACGAGAAAGAAACCCGUUUAGAGCACAUGGCAAAGCUGAUGGAACACGUCCGUCUCCCUCUCUUACCGAGGGAUUACCUUGUCCAGACAGUUGAAGAAGAAGCUUUGAUAAAGAAUAACAACACCUGUAAGGACUUCCUCAUCGAGGCCAUGAAAUAUCAUCUGCUCCCUCUGGAUCAGAGGCUCUUGAUUAAAAACCCAAGGACCAAGCCCAGGACUCCAGUUAGCCUACCCAAGGUCAUGAUCGUGGUUGGCGGCCAGGCACCCAAGGCCAUCCGCAGUGUGGAGUGCUAUGAUUUUGAGGAGGACCGGUGGGAUCAGAUUGCUGAGCUCCCCUCCAGGAGAUGCAGAGCAGGUGUGGUGUUCAUGGCUGGCCACGUGUACGCCGUGGGCGGGUUCAAUGGUUCACUGCGUGUGCGGACAGUGGACGUGUAUGAUGGGGUGAAGGACCAGUGGACGUCCAUCGCCAGCAUGCAGGAGCGCCGGAGCACGCUGGGAGCAGCUGUGCUCAAUGACCUGCUCUACGCCGUCGGGGGCUUUGAUGGCAGUACUGGCCUGGCGUCAGUGGAAGCCUAUAGCUACAAGACCAACGAGUGGUUCUUCGUGGCCCCAAUGAACACACGGCGGAGCAGUGUGGGUGUGGGUGUCGUAGAGGGGAAGCUAUAUGCCGUUGGCGGUUACGAUGGGGCUUCCCGCCAGUGCCUGAGCACCGUGGAGCAGUACAACCCAGCGACCAAUGAGUGGACAUACGUGGCAGACAUGAGCACUCGUCGCAGCGGUGCAGGGGUUGGGGUCCUCAGCGGGCAGCUGUAUGCCACAGGUGGGCACGAUGGGCCCUUGGUGAGGAAGAGUGUCGAGGUUUACGAUCCUGGAACAAACACCUGGAAGCAGGUGGCGGACAUGAACAUGUGCCGGCGCAAUGCAGGGGUCUGUGCAGUGAAUGGGCUCCUGUAUGUGGUUGGAGGGGAUGAUGGAUCCUGUAACCUGGCUUCGGUGGAGUACUACAAUCCUGUUGCUGACAAGUGGACGCUGCUGCCAAGCAACAUGAGCACAGGGCGGAGCUACGCAGGUGUUGCUGUGAUUCACAAGCCCUUGUGACCCCACCUCCCGCUGCCAGGAGGUGGAGGAAGGGAGGGGUGCUGUCUGUGACUCGGCACAGUGGGACCACGCUGGCUGGGUGCCACUCGCUGCCGGAGUCUGCAGAGGAGCGGGGACCGCCCUUCUCCAACUUGGCAGUGUCGUCAGGGUGGGAAGACAGUGAUCCACCUCCUGCUCCCGCACGGUGUUUCGUCCUCUGCCCUGAGCAGUGGGUUCCUGAUAGCUCCGGCUGCACCUUUGAACGUUCUUUUGUGUGUUUCUACAGGGACAUCAGAGAACCUGGAACCUGUGUGUGUGUGUGUGUGUGUGUGUGUGUGUGUGUGUAUGUGUGUGUGUGUGUGCAGAACGUGGUGAUUCACUAAAUUGGGGGUGAUGGUCUGCUCCAUUUCUAUACUACUGAUCCUUCUGCUAUGCUAAAAAUCAAAUCACAGAAACCUCUCUUAUGCAUUUACCCCAUGGGGACCUUGAGACUACUAGAGCUGCUGUCUACUGGAAGUGCAGUUGGACAUACCGGGAAUGUCCAGAAAUGACCAGGCCCAUGUACCGGCCUAGACUACAGGCAUUGUCUGCAGAAGAGUGGGGUGUUCUCGAAGCUGCCCCGUGUCCUCUGUGUGCUAGAACUAGGACCACAGGUUCUCUAGCCCCUCAGCUGGGUGCUCUUCCUUGGGCUCUCCUCCUAGAACUUCUUAUCAGAACUGCUCAGUCUCUGGGCUACUGGUCGUUGAGGUCAAGGAUUCCAGGUUUGGGAGAUUUCGUGUCUCUUCAGCUGGGAGAACUAGCUCUUCAGAGAAGCACUGAGUAACACACUGGA